CACAGCCAAUGGCUCCGGGGCGGGGGCGUAGCCCUGACUCCGACCGCUUCCACUCCCCGGCUCCGGGGUUAUGGCCGGGAGUGGGCGGCUGGCGCUGGGGACGCUACCGGUGCCCGGCUGGGUGCGGGGCUCGGGCCCGGCUGUACUGAGCCGCCUUCGGGACGCGGCUGUGGUGCGGCCAGGUUUCCUAAGCGCGGCCGAGGAGGAGACGCUGAGCCGCGAGCUGGAGCCCGAGCUGCGCCGCCGCCGCUACGAAUACGAUCACUGGGACGCGGCCAUCCACGGUUUCCGAGAGACAGAAAAGUCACGCUGGUCAGAGGCAAGCCGGGCCAUCCUGCAGCGCGUGCAAGCAGCCGCCUUUAGCUCUGGCCAGACCCUGCUGUCCCUGGUGCAUGUGCUGGACCUGGAACCUCGGGGCUACAUCAAGCCGCACGUGGACAGCAUCAAGUUCUGUGGAGCCACCAUCGCUGGUCUGUCCCUACUCUCUCCCAGCGUCAUGCGGCUGGUACACACCCAGGAGCCAGGGGAGUGGCUGGAACUCUUGCUGGAGCCAGGCUCCCUCUACAUCCUUAGGGGCUCAGCCCGUUAUGACUUCUCCCAUGAGAUUCUUCGGGAUGAAGAGUCCUUUUUUGGGGAGCGUCGGGUUCCCCGGGGCCGACGCAUCUCUGUGAUCUGCCGCUCCCUCCCUGAGGGGAUGGGACCAGGGGAGCUGGGGCAGCCGCCCCCAGCCUGCUGAACCCCAGGCCCUUCCCCCAGCUUCUCGGAGACACCGUGUUUGUGAAUAAAGUUGGAGAGUGGACAGGCU